GUUCAAAGAAAGAAGGAGAAUACUAGUGUUUGUGCCCAGCAGGAUAAAAGGGGUGGGGGUGUUUUUGCAUUUCAGGAGUGCAGGUAUAAAGAAGUGCUCUGGUCAUAUUCAAGUCUCUUACACCAGCCUGCAGCGUCUGGAGCAGCUGUGCAAGACUUUCCUUCUGUCUGGUUACCUCCUCUCCACCUGCUAUGGUCCUCUACUUGCACGGCUCUAAUUUAAGCACCACAGACAGCUCAAGCCUAAGCAGCGACGCGACCCUGCGCGACUCCACGACGCCCCAGAGCCGCGAUGGGCUGAGCCGGAGCGGCCACACGGCGGUGGCGGUGUGCCUCGGCUUCAUUCUGGUGGCCGGGAUCCUCAACAACUCUAUGACGCUGCUGGUCUUCGCAAAGUUCCGCUGCCUGUGGACACCGAUCAACCUCAUCCUGCUCAACAUCAGCCUGAGCGACGUUCUGGUGUGCGUCUUCGGGACGCCGUUCAGCUUCGCCGCGAGUCUGCGCGGUAGGUGGCUCAUUGGAGAGUUCGGCUGUAAGUGGUACGGGUUCGCCAAUUCCCUUUUUGGCAUUGUGUCCCUGGUGUCCCUGUCAGUCCUUUCCUACGAGCGCUACAGCACUGUGCUGCGUUCCUCUAAGGUGGACGUCUCAGACUUCAGGAAGGCCUGGCUCUUCAUCGGAGGCACCUGGUUCUACUCGCUCCUCUGGACGCUGCCGCCCUUCCUGGGUUGGAGCAGCUACGGUCCCGAAGGUCCCGGAACCACUUGCUCUGUCCAGUGGCACCUGCGCUCACCCACCAGUGUAUCCUAUGUGCUGUGUCUCUUCAUCUUCUGUUUGCUGCUGCCACUGAUGCUCAUGGUUUACUCUUAUGGACGGAUCCUGUUUGCUAUAAGGAGGGUGGGUAAGGUCAACCUGUUGGCCGCGCAGCGCAGAGAGCAACACAUUCUGCUCAUGGUGCUGUCCAUGGUGUCCUGCUACAUGGUGUGCUGGAUGCCCUAUGGAGUCACGGCGCUGAUGGCCACCUUCGGCCGGUCGGGGCUGGUCACUCCCCUGGCCAGCGUGGUGCCGUCCAUCCUGGCCAAGUUCAGCACGGUGGUCAACCCCAUUAUCUACGUGUUCUUUAACAACCAGUUUUACAGGUGCUUCGUAGCCUUCAUAAAGUGCAGCAGGGAACCACACUCUGUUCAUGGAGAGGAACAUCCAACUCCAAGAAAUCAUCAGUCGGAUGCCUUUCAUGGUCGGAAACCAGCCUCCUCCAGCCCUUCGCAGCCUCGGUUCCUCUGCAGCAGAACCGCCACUCCCUGCAGUUGCCGCAGCGACAGAAACAUCCUGUUUGUCCAUUACACACCAUGAAAGCUUCACAGUCACAACCGUCAGUGGUCGCUUCCUUUUGAGUGUUCAUUUUUGUUGUUUUUAUACAUUUAUUAAGAUUAUAUGUAUUUUCUGGUAAUUGUUACAUUGAAGAUUCUCUUGAACAGAUUUUCUGAGCCCCUCUAUGUAUCACAAUAAAAUCCCCCCAAAAAACAGACAAACAAAAAAUGUUUUCACUCCACUGAAGUUUAUUUCACACUUUUGUUGUAGUUGUGCAACAAAACACAUUACAAACCAUCUUUGUGUAACUGUUUUUGGGUUUUUUUCUUUCAUCCUCACUGCUUCCUGCGCCCCCCCUGCAAUGACACUGCACCCCUCUAGAGGGCGCAACCCACACUUUGGGAACCACUGCUCCAGAACAAAAGCUUCUCCACGAUAUUGCUACAUAAGAAGCGCUUAUGAGAAACUGAAGAUAUAAAUAAUUUUUUCCACCUUUCCUUCUAUUAAAUCUUGGCUUCUUAUUUGAAAAAAUAUUUAUUACACCUCACCAAAAUACAUUUUGUUUCACAUAAAUAUUCCCCCAAACAAACAGAGGGUAGUUUAAUCCUUUUUAUGGGCUGUCUUGAUGCUUGUUCAAGUAAGUAAAUAAAUAAAUAUUAUUUAUAUAGCAUACUUUACAGGUCAGAAACCAUAAAGUGCUUUACAAAAUAUAAGAAAUAAGAACACAAAAGGAGAGACAAAACAGAAAACAUCGAGCAUAAAACAAAAUAAAACUAAUUAAAAGCCAAUCUGAAUAAAUGUGUCUUCAGCUGAUUUUUGAAAAGUAUUAAGAGAAUCAAAGUUGGAGGCAACAGCGGAACCAAAAUGAUCCUGGUUCACAACAACAAAGUAAAAGUAAAUAAAUGAAUGUUGAUUAAUGGAGGGGUGUCAAACUCAUGUUCUCAAACUGAUUGUGCCAAAAUGUAUUGACAAAACUCAUUAACAAAUUGUUAAAAUAUUAAUAAAUUGAUAUCUCUGCAUUUGAUAAGUACUUCUUAACAUUAAAUAAUACUGAACAUUGUUUCACAUUGAUGUAAUUUAGCAGAAAACAGAUGAAAACAGAUUUGCUUUGACUGACAGAAAUGAUAUUUUUGCACAACUUAAAGUCUAUAGUUAUGCAUUCCUAUGGGGCCUUAUGAAAAGCUGCAGUGGGCAACAUUUGGCCCCCAGGCCUCGAGUUGGACACAUUUUCAAAGCUUAGUUUUUAGUUUGUUCUCUGCAGGUGUAGAGCUGGAGUUAAGAACGUUUCGAACCACCAGGGGAAGCUGUGAAACUCUGAAACUCAUCAGCACUGACUUCAGAACCAGCUUUCUGCCAAAGGUUCAUGUGUUGCUAUAAUUAAACAAACAUGCAGAAAACUUAGAGUGCACACUGCAAACAUUUGCACAUGCAUUUGUUUCUUUUUUCACUUUAUCACCGACUUUAUAUUUGAUCAGAGAUGCAGGUUUAUCACACAGCUUGGUUUCUACUCUUUCUGUGAUAAAGACAUUUUAUGCAGCUGUUAUUGCAAAAAACAAGGUAUUAAAAAUAAUUGCUGAUAGUUAGGUGAUAGAAUUUAAUUUAAUCUACAACAAAUAUUAUCCGCCUAAAGGAAAACUACAAAUAAGUGUAUAUGUUGCUAUAUAAAUGUAGAAAAUGGCAAGAGUACAUUGCAGGUUAAUCAGUACAAUCAUUUUAUUUUUGACUGGGAAAAAACACAUUUAUGUUUGGAAAAAUUAUUGCUGCUUUAGAUGUUACAACCAAACUUAUUGAAACUGUUUGUACUUUUUAAAAUCAGAACGAGGGGAAAUAUCAUUUUUUAAUUUGUUUCAGUAAUAUGGAGAGAAUUUUAUGGCGAAAAGAAAAGACAGAGAACCAGCUCAACAACUCCAGUCAGACUGAAUCAUCCUGCAGCAACACUUCAGCUGCACAAACUGAGAAUGCAGCUCUCAGUGCAUUCAGCAGUGAAACCGGGUCACAUUAGAAUGUUUCACUUCAGCUCAACUUUUGCUACCACA